UUGUGACCCAAAAUGCGGCAUCAUCAAGGCCAAUGACGACCAGCUGUGGGGUGUUGAGUUGUUACUGGUCAUUGGCAGUCACUGUUAGGGUAUAUCUACUAGUGACUGGACACAGUUUUGGUACUUACAUGAUGGCUGGCCUGAAUGCCUUAGGUAUUUGGCUCAUUGUCACAUUUGUUGGUGUGACUCACAGUUAUCUGACAAAGACAGCCUCAAGUCCUUACUCUGGAGAGGGACCGGACCAGGCUCCUACUUGGGAAAUCCCUCAUGGUGAAUUUGCACAUGUGGCAAUGGAGUCUCCUACUGCUUUGGAUCCUUCUAGUCAAGUUGCUCCACAUGAAGCGCCCCAAUAUGUUCAACCCAAUGCUCAGAUGGGACUGGUACCUGCAGCGCCUUUACCGCAAGUGUAUGGUGGUAGCCCUCAAGGUCCUCCAAAUCAAAAUUUCUGGGCAAUUCCACCUCCCAGUCCCUUUUCUGAAGGAGUUCCAUCUGCUAGCACACAAGGGUUUUUGCCAGAACCCAACCCACCUACUUUCAGCUACGAGACCCCGUCCAGUCAGAUGUCAUUUCGGCCAGGUGAAAUGACCUAUGUGGAGAAGAUCUACGACCGUGGCAUCUACAAUGGUGAAAGUGAAGCAGAAGGCCCAACAUUUCAAUACGUCCCGGUCAGGAUUCCCUAUAGAGUCCAAGUUGGCAGUCCCCUUUUUGUCCCUCCAGUUGGUGGGUUUUUGUUCAGCUAUCCCCAUGACUAUAUGAUGAUGCCAGCCCCCAUUCCCUACAGUGAAAGACUCUUCAUGACUAAAGCAAUGAAGAGGAAGUCUGGCUAAACUAAAAUGUCUUCAAAUUGUUAGUUUUGGUCUGAAAUGUGACUAGAGUCUUGCAGAAGUUUUCUUCUCAGAAUCCAUCAGAACUUCCCACUAAGUGGGACCCUGUCAUCUCCACUGGACCCAGCAAGUUUAUUUCUUUUGUUCUCUCAAACAAUGUUGUACCAUCAGCAUUUCCCUUUUGUCAUGGUCAAAAUGAGGUUUGCUUUGUUUUCACUUCAAUAAACCCUUUUAAAUUGUGCA